CUUCGACUCGGUCACUGUAUUCAUAUUCGACCAUACCAUCUUUGUGCACACCUAGCUACUUGGGUCGAUACCAACGCAAUGUCUGACGAGGAAACUCCUCUGGGACGCCAAAUUCUUCCCGUGGCCGAUCUGCCUGAGAAUUUCGAGGGGGAGCCCGAGGAUGGGAUGCAGUAUCUAUUCACCGUCCGAAGAAAUGCACGUAGUCUCCCUCAUAUUACGCGCGCGCCGAACCCGUAUGAAAUCCCCGAACGGCCUCGUCCAUCGAGUGAUGUCUUGCCUGCAGUCAACCCAGAACUACCCAGCACAGAAUGGCGUGAAGUAUUCGAAACUCGCUUCAGAAACUUUAGAAAAAAUAUUCACCAGCCGACACUGGACGUCCAGCUGCCCCGACGACGCGACGUCAAGUCCAUGCCCGAACUGAAAGAUCGAGACGCUUGGUGGGCAUUCUUGUCUGGAAGACCACCUGAGGAUUGGCAGAUGCCAAGGAAGAAAACUAUGCAGCGAGGGAUGCGCGCCUUUGCGGAUGAGACAGUCGAUCCAGAGACGCAUUUACCUGCUCUCGGCGAUCAAGAAAUCUCUGGCGUUACCAGAAACCCCCCUCCUACUCCAUUGCUUGAACCACGCGAGCCUACGCCUGCAUUGCUUCACUCGAUUGACGAGCGAAUGGCGCUGCAUCUGAUCAUGUAUUUCACACAUUGGACCAACUUGCAUCUACAACCUGAGAAGAAUAUUCGCGUUACUCAGACGCACGCUCGUUGGGUCUUCGCUCUGCUGUCGAUCGUUGACGACUACGUAUCAGCAGAUGAUAUGCAUUUGCUUCGAAACCUGGCCCGAGCACAAAUCUCGCUACUCCAACAUCUUGCACAAGCGAAGACACCGCCUGUCUCGCCAAACGACAUAAACGCACCUUCUUGUUGGAUGAUCAUCUGUGCUGUGGUCGGAGUCUGGGGCCAGCGCGAUUUAUGGCUGGAUGCUGAGGGCACUCUGUCGAGUACACAGAAUAGCAAAUAGUUUGCCUUUUGUUGCCCCCGUCACAAGCGCGUGGCCUAAUGUGCCUGGGCCCUGGAGUUGACUUAUGUUUGCCUGCUGUCAUACUAUGUUACAUUCUCCGUGACUGUGAUACGUACAAAUUUACCAGUGCGCUCAUCUCCUCCUCGAGAAGUCCUUCGCUCUUUGCCACCACACUCUUUCCAAGUCAACCCAACAACAUGAUCUUCCCGUCGCUCUCACUCCUCCUCUUCGCCACCGCUGCCUCCGCAAUCAGCUGCAGCUUCCCCGGUACCGGCCACAAUUGGACCAAUGUCGACUCGCAAACGAUUCGCUGGUCAUCGGUUGAUACGGACCCCCAGAACUUCACUGCUGUUCUCGUCAACCAGAACACUGCGUUGAUGCCCGGAGGUCCGCAGAUUCUCAAGGCCCUCGUCGUCACUUCCCUGGGAAACACUCAAGUCUCUCCUCCGUCCGAGGGGUGGCCCGCUCCUGGUGCCGGCUACCGUGUGAACCUGUGCAAGAGCUCCGAAGAACUCAACACCAUCCUCGCUCAGUCCACCGAAUUCUCAAUUGUGUCGCCCCCUGUGUCCUCCAGCGCGACUCCCACAUUUGUGAACACUGCUACGGCUGCCGCAGCACCCGUCGUCACCUCUACCACUGACUCGGCAACUCUUUCGAGCGCUUCGGCUACGCCUGCUGCGACCAGUGGCGGCUUCACCAUCGCCGCUGCACGCUCGGGAGUUCUCGGCUUUGCGGUCAUCAUCGGCGCCCUGCUGACUCAGCUCUAAACCCACAUGCACUGUGACCCUUUCUCGUAAUUCAAGAUCUCAUUUUCCGGACGUCGCGUAUUUUUAGGAUACUUUUGUCGAUGUCCACAUGGUCUUCGAGAGCAUCUGUACUGUUUUGGAUGUCGCAUCUUAUCUAUAUAUCUAUCGUCCAGAAUGUACAGAUGUGUUUUUAUCAGUUCUGUGAUUGGUAAUCGCGACCACUAUGUCCAAUUCUUAUGCGCAUCUCUUGCCUCCGAGCUGGAAGCCACAAGUAACGGCUUGGCUGGCCGAAGAUACCCCUUCCUUCGAUUAUGGAGGUUACGUGGUCGGCGAGGCCAUUCGCGAGGCACACCUCUUUGGCAAAGGCAAGGUUCCGGCCGUGCUAGCAGGAUCGCCGUUCUUCACUGAGGUCUUUGAGCAACUGGGAUGCCAGGUCGUCUGGCAUAUCGAAGAGGGAGAGACGUUCGAGCCUGUGAAGCACGUCGCGACAGUCACCGGGAAAGCUCGUCAUCUGCUUCUGGGAGAACGCGUCGCUCUCAACAUGUUGGCUCGGUGCAGCGGGAUUGCCACGAAGUAGAGAUCCGGGCUGGCAUGCUUGACUCGGAGAUGGCUCAUUGAGAUCAUCUAGAUCGAAGCGAAUUAAGGACCUUGCUCGCGGGUAUGGAUUCAAGGGAAUCGUUGCUGGAACCAGAAAGACUACUCCGGGCUUCAGACUGGUCGAGAAAUACGGGAUGCUGGUGGGCGGGAUUGACCCUCAUCGGCACGAUCUGUCCAGUAUGAUCAUGCUCAAAGAUAACCACAUCUGGUCCUCCGGGUCCAUAACGGCUGCUAUUCAGCAGGCCCGACAUGUCGGUGGCUUCAGCCUCCUGCUCGAUGUCGAGGUGCAAUCUGAAGCUGAAGCUGACGAAGCCAUUGAAGCAGGAGCGGAUGUGAUCAUGCUCGACAAUCUCGAGGGCGAGGAACUGUUGAGCGUCGCACGGAGUCUUCGACAGAAAUGGGGAGAAAAGAAGAAGUUUCUUUUGGAGACGAGCGGAAAUAUAAACGAGGCUAAUCUUCAAGAACGCGCGCUCAACGAACUCGAUAUCCUGAGCACAAGCGUGGUGCAUCAGUCCGUUCAACACAUCGACUUCAGCUUGAAGAUCCAGAAACCGAAAGCAGCAUAGUUAGAAGCCCUUGUACAAUCAUCGAUAUUUAAACUAAAUUGAACAAAGACAACGCGUUAGCACCCCGAACCCCCUCUCUCUGAGCUGCAGUCCAGCCCGAGACAGCUUCAAUGGCCUCGAGAUUUUCAACUACACUUUUCCACUUCUGAGUUGAUGCCAACGGAGGGAAGAAUGGGUGGUCCGUCCCAAACAGCAUCCUCUGACUACCCAGUCCGCGGUCCAAGGUGAAAUCUGACGCGGUGACGCCCGUUUCGUACCGGGCAGAGCGGGCAAUGGCAUCGCUGACGAAGCCCAGCUCCUCGGGCCCGUAUGCGACAGCGUCAAAGUACAGUUUGCCCAG